GACGCAUCAAUACUGAAUGAUAGGUGCCUUGAUAGUUAAUAAGUGCUUAAAACACAAAAACAAUACAAAAUUCCGCCUCAUUUCAUCAAGUUUUCAAGACAUAGUUAUCCACAUAUCACGAAAAGCGAGCCCUGUUCGAUGGUUACUAUGUAUACCAGGGCAACGAUCAUUUUAUCCCCCUUAUUUGUCUAAAUUUUGGGCCAAAAUACCUGAAAGUGACCCUGAAUUUCCCUAGAAUAGGAACUUUGAGGUAGGCAGCCCAGUGCAGGCAUCCGUUCGCAUUGAUUUUAGCCUCUUUUUUUUUUAGGCCUGCCAGGCCGGAAGCAGCAUGGGUCUGUAGGUCUGAUCUGUAUCUGGCCUACCUUACGCCGUGCAAAAAACACAAUGCAUGAUAUAUUUAUAGGUGUGCUUGAGCAGUAUCGCUGUGUGGUCUGUCUGUCAUCAGGGGGCUGCACGACGCGCCAGACGUGCUAUUCAGUAGUGUUGUAAUGUUCAUUUUCGAUCUAAAUUCGAAAUUCUUCACAGGUCAUCAAAAUCAGCAAGACGUUAGUUUUAUUAGACUAGAUGCUUUACUAAUCAACACUUGACCACAAAAUCCCAAGAAAUGCACUUUAUCACUCAUUUCAUUAAAAUUUCCAGUCGAAAAGUUGACCUAGUUUCGGCUGUUUGUUUACAUUCGUAGGCCUGUGUGCUUCUAGAAUCUAGAUUGAUAGUUCAGGAGUUGAGAUGCAGAGCGAUGUCUCUAGAAAGGCUUAGAUUCUAGAGUCUAGAUUGAAUUAUAAUUUACAUCUGAUCUUGAUCUUGAUCUAGAUUUAAAUCCGUCACCUCAGAAUCUAUCUAGAAUCUGGAUUUAGAUCUAUCUGAAUGGAAAAUGGGUAUAUCUAGGCGCCAUACACAUGUUGUUUAUAUUAUUAUUAGGCCUGUUAUUGUUCUGACACGUUUAACUUAUAGAGUGACAUUGAAACCAAUGCCCGCCAUUCAGUUUGAGUGAAUAGAAGCUAAAAACAUACCAAUAACUGACUUUUAUUGAUACUGAUCUGAUUCAGAUCACAUUCAGAUUACAGAUUAGUAUUAUAUAUAUUUUUUUUUUUUUGGUGGUCACUCUGAAUGUUGUUGGAGUGUAUUAAUAACGAAGUUUGAAAUAUUAACUGCUACCUACCCUUAAGAGUUUGUAAUUUUUGCACGUUAAAGCUUCGUCUUUUUUCUCUCACUCUCUAUCCUGAAGCUUGGAAAUGCCUUCACUUCCAUUAUGGUGAUGGUACUGUGGCAUGUCACUUUUCGCUGCAAUGAUGUCCAUGGAUGUCAUGGAACUCCAUACCAGUAAAGAAGGGCCAACAAAAAAUGGUUAAUAUUUGUAGAACAGGGAAACUGAAUAGGUACUGACUUAUUUCAUUCUUGAAGGAGAUCGAUGUAAUACAUAUAUUUAUCCGUCUGGUGUCAAUGUCUUUUGUGUGACUGACUCUGAACUCAAGCUGCUUUUUUUCCCUUGUAAUUUCAUCUUGUUUCUAUUGACGUCAAUAUAGGUUUGAUGCUGUUAAUAAAGUUUCCACUACUGUCAUGUGGAGGCUAACUUUGUACAAUCAGUAGGUUGACAAUGUUUACAUCCUUCCUUGAGAUUUUUCUCUUAUUAUAUAACAGAAAAGUGUUUUCUUUGACCAAAUGCUCUAGGGCAAAGACAAAAAUUGCUUCACUGAGGUUAGAGAAAGAAAUUCAUACGUGCUUAGCAGAGAAGUCAAGUCUUCUUGAAAAGCUCAAAGCUAUUCAGAAUUCAAAGCAAUAUGAAGAGGUGGAAGAUUCUGAUGAAAAUAAUGACCACCAAGGAAACUCCUUGCAUAUGGAUGUAGAUGAAGAAAGCGAUGGAGAUGGUAAAGAAAAAGCUAUUAUGAAGGAAAGUACAGAUUUUACAGAUACAACUUCUAUUGAGGACCAACAAUCUGGAUGCCAGGAAACAGACUGGAAAAUGAAUGACAGCUCACAGAGGACUCCUUCAAGAUCUACCAACCGUGGGAGUUGUACUGAUAAAACUGUUGAAGUCCAGGCUUUUAUGGAGCAUGAAGUUUCUUGCUGUGGAGAUAAUUGCAUGAAAAUUGCUAACUCCAGGGGCAGUCAUAGUGCCAGAGUACCUUGGAUUGUUACCAGCCAGCCCAACAGUAGACUGCCAGUGCCUGUCUCUGGGAAGGCGAACACAAUACUGAGUGCACAUACAAGUGAAGGGCAAGACACUUGCAAACCUCCAUCUUUACGCCUGCCUGCCAUAAGCGUGCCCCGCCCACCCAGAAUAAAAACUCCAGUUAGAAUGCCCAGGCCCUUACCAGUCAUUGAGAUUCCAAGUCAUGUUACUCUGCCACCUCGUAUGAAAGAGCCACCAGCACCAUCCAGGUUCCUGCAGAGUACUCACUCAGGAACAGCAGUUCAAAGACCUUUCACAAGAAUGUUCUCCACACCUCAAAGUCAGUGUGUAGCAGGUCUCCCAAUGUCAAAACCAGUUUCACUAGCUCAAGGAUCAUCAGCAUUAAGUGCUCAAGUUCAAGAGAAGUCUGCUGUAAUGGAACACAUGACACCAUCAGGGGAUGGUGGAAUGUCCAGAGAGCAAAACAGAGAAGGGCCUUUGAAAUCAACCUCAGGGACAGAAGAAACUCGUAGUCUUAAAGGCGUUCUGGUAAGAUCGAUUCUCAGAUUAUUUUUUUUAUUACCAAUGAAAAUAUAUGAACAUUUUGAUGCCUGAUAUUUCCUUUAUGGACUUUGUUUUCUUUUAAAAACAAAUUUCUGAUGGAAAAGCAAAGUAUGAGGUUUGUUAAUAAUAUUUUAGAAUGGCAUAUGUCCUAGAAUUAUAUUUUUGGCACUUGACUCUACAGUUUCAUUGUACAUAAAAAAUAGUACCAGGGUCUCCACCUCUAUAAUUUGUAUACCUAAGAACCCAUUCUAAAAAUAUAAUUCCACCCAAGAACUAAUUUUAGCUCAGGCCAGUUAAUUUUUAUGAGUUGCUUGACCAUACUUUGCUCGGGUUCAGUUACAAGGAGAAGGAUCUGUGUGAACUAUGACCGAAUUAAGACAUGUGCGUACUUGCAUUGCUCUUUGGGGCAUACAUAUUCUGCCUGUGGGUCGAUCACGAAGUACAGUCGCCCCUGUGAAAAAUGAAACUGCAAAGGAGUCAGAAAAAAUGCUGUCUUAGACAGGGUGAUUUAAAGGGAAAUCAGGAGGCGGGUUUCAGAGGUCCGCCCUGUCGGUGGGAUCAAGGGUCACUUGUCUGGAAGGCAGUGCGGUGGUCAAAACUUCAUGCCUCUCAAGUGCUAUCCUAUCAGAUUAUGGCAUGUGUCAGUCCUACUUGCCUACUGCCACACCUGUGCUUGCAUUUCGCGGGAGCACUGUUUGCCCUGUUAAAAACAGAAAUGUUUGAACUUCUCAUUUGCUCGCCCCCUUAACCUCCACCCAAUGAUGAUAAGUAUUUACCUCCCCCCACUGCGGCAAGGAAUGGCACUCUGGGGAGACUUGCUCCUCAAAUCCGUGGUGUCCAAACCGUCCUCAGGGGGAUCACACUGCAUCUUCGACUGAGUGUCCAAAGUGGUAUCAGGAGAAAGCCUUUCUCACACAUAGGGCUCAAUACCGCGGAACAUUCGCUCAAGCUCGAGCAAUCCAACAAGAUCGAUCCAGAAACAAAUUAAAACUUACUCCGAAGUAACAAAAACGGUCCCUGGGUCUGCUAACUAACCCGAAAGGUCCCUCAAACAAACAGACAAACAAAAACAAAAUGUAUUCCUGUAAAUGCUCCUGUCUUUGUAAAAAAAACCAAAAACGGGUGCUCUAGUCUGUAGUCCUCUUUCUCCCUUCUUCCCUCGCCCACUCCUCUUUCAGCAUCCCCCCACACCCCUUCUUCAUCUUCACCCUUUCAACUAUCAUCGUCAUCCUCUCCCAAAUCAUCCCCUUCGCCCCCAUCAUCUUCACCCGCAUCGUCUUCACCCUCUUCAUCUUCACCCCCAACAUCCUCACUCUAAGGAUGGGCAGGUACCUAUAUUUUCUUAUACUCAGGUUCUACAAAAAGAGGUGUCAGUACCGUCACCAGGCCUCCAGUACCGGCUCUGGGAAGGAGCCGGCACCAACGGUUUUUUUACCGGGGCACAGGAAGUGUGCAGUAUGUAGUCCUGGGCCUAGGCCUAGCAGCUCUGACGCCGGAUGCACAACGUUGCGGGUGACUUCAGAUUCAAAAUUGACAAUCAAAAACGAAGUUUGCUUAAAUUUUAAAAUGGCAUCAGAUCUGAUUCCGGGCGAGCCACUUUGCUCUCCAAAAAGCCAAAGAAUGCUACCUCCAAGUUCCACUGUCACGGAAUAUUUUAUUUUGCUUCAACUAGAUCUAGUGCACACGCAGUGUAUCUGGUACAGUGGAAUCCUGUUACAACCAGAGGGAGGAGACUGGGGCGAAAUGUCCGUUAUAGCAGGAUUUUCGUUAUAACGGAUCCAGUAAUAAAUCCAAGGGAAAUAAUAAAGUAGGCCUAAUCUAUGAGCUUGAUGUUCUGUUCAUUUCUUUUUGUUAUCCCCUGGUGAAGAUGUUGUUCAACAUGACCUGUUGGUCAUACUUGAUCAAUAUCCGAAUCAGAUUUUUUUCUCUUGCGCGGGCGAUGUUGACAGCUUGGCUUUGGCGAUCAGAAAAAGGGCCCUUGGCUGACUCGCCCACUGUGUCCGCCUCACCACACCCUGCAGUGCGUUCCGUCUUCUUGCGCCCUUCACACAUUCGCUUCAUCCAUCACAGCACUGCGACUCUCCAUCCCCGCAUCAGAGAAGUGAGAGGCAUGGUAGGCCUAGAUGAUGUAGACGAGGCUGGUCUAUGCUUAUCACGCGAUACGUUCUGCUUGUCUGCGCAUGCCACACCCUCCCCGCUCAUUCACUCCGCCUUCAUUGUUGUACACGUGGGCUCUCCCAUUCUUUGUUUCGUAGAUUACCAACAAAUUUCUUAAAUGGCGAGGUUUUAUAUGAUAAAUGGCCU